UCCUCAAAAUGUUUCCUAAUUGGGUCUAAUGUGGCGCACAUUAAGCUUGAGAGCAUCAACGGAGAGUGCCAGACAAAGAACAACCGAGUGUGUGUGCGUGCGAAGGUUUGAGAAAACAUCAAGGUACAAAUUUAUUGUUUACUUAGCUUUGCUAUGCUUUGCCAAUUGUUUGCUGCAAUUUUCUAUCAAUUCGGCUUUGUAAUUUACCCGCUUGCUAAAUAAAACACCCACACACCACACCACAUCCGCACAACCAGAAAAUAUAAACCACAAUGACUGAUGUACAGAAUCGUUUUACAAGUGAGCCAAUCAAUAUCAACAGCAUUGUUUCGACAACAACGACGAAUGCGACAUUAAGUCUAAGUCCCCUAACAACUCCACCAAAGAAUGGGCAAGCUGUUGCAUUGGAGGCGAAUCCAACCUCGCCCUUUGUACUGAGGGCACCACCCAGUGCCAAUUCCAAGCUGAUACUACAGAACAUGGAGGAAGUGCUGAACUCAGUGAAGAAAAAGCACCGUGAGAAACACAAACGCAAGCGAGAGCAAAAACGUCGCGCAGCACAGCUCGCCGAGGCCGAAGAAGUUCAAAAGAAAAAAGACGAAGGCCACGUGCAAAUGGACAAAAAGCAGCCGCUACGUGAAAAAAGCGCUCAGGAGAAUGGCGCUAUUGCCAAAGCCAAGCCAGCACGUAAAUCAAGCCCACUGAAAUGCAGCACACCAGCACCGGAGCGCGAAAGCAUCAGAAAACACUUUAUGUCUAUGCCGGUAUCGAAGUCGCAAACGCCAAGCUCCCGCGCAGCAAUAGAACCGGCAGAUUUUGAUGAGAUACCGCAAACGCCCAAAGUCAGUCUACACAAGCCUACCAAUGUCUUUGAACUGAUGAUGAAUGCGCGCACCCGAUCUCUAGGCACCAACGCCAAUGGGCAGGAGCUGCCAUUGUCCAGCGAUAAAACAGACGCGAGCGAAACGUCAACUCCUCAGACUAAACGAAAACAAAUGUUGCAGGAUUGGAAUGAUCGCAAAGGCGGUGCUAAGCGCAAGUUGGCCGACGAAGCGCGUGGCGAGUACAUCGAACAUCAAAUGGAGCAACGCACCAAGCGGCUUAAGAAAAUGUUGACCAAGCCCGAUCAAGUGAAGGCAGCCGAGUCACAGCCUUCUUCAGCGCCCACAAUAGGAGGAGUAAAACGUGCACGGGGGCGUCCGCGAACUCGCCGCCUUAGUUCACUGGAUACGGAUAAGUGUCUGCAGGACAACAAUGAAAGACAUGAUGCGGAGACAGAGGAAUUUCUGGCUAAAUUGUCUUCGCCGACAAAGAAACGUGACAGUCUCCUAGGCUAUUUUCCCAAGGUAGUCUCGCCCAUGGAACUGGCUGAGAAACAAGCGCGCCCAACUAAAAUUGAUUCACAAAUUGUGUCGUUGGAAACGCCCAAGCGUCGGACAAGGGGCAUCAACAACAAAGCUGAGACGCCUGUUAUUGAAAAAGAAUCUGAGGCUGCGGCGGAAACGGCCCCACAAACGCCAUCAGGUCGUCCUCGCCGUUCGUGCGCGGGAAAGGCACGCUACGAUUACGAUCUAGAGAAAAGUCCAACCAAAACUAAGGAUGUUUCACUGCCAGUGACCUCAGCGCCUGCUGCGGACAGUUCUAUCGAAAUCAUUGAUCUCGACAACAGCAAUCCUCCGUCGACGCCGAAGAAAUUGGCGCCAUUAUUUAUGCGCCAACUGCCCAAGCCGAGUCCCGAUCCGGAGGCAUUGCGGGCACGCCACGAAUUUCUGCGCUCUGGCGUGCCAGAUAAGCUCAAACAAGAACAGCAGCGCCAAAAGCAGUUCGAACAGUACUACGAGGACAGCUACGAGCUCUUUCCUAGCAUUGCGCAUGUUCCACAGCUUACGGCUGAGGAGAAAGAGCCAAAUCCCAGGGAGGUUUUGCAAUUGAAGCUGAGAUUCGAGGAUGUAAUCGAGUCGACAACAGUUGGCAAACGUAAAUCUAGAACGAGCAUUUCCUUGGGCGGCAUAACCAGCUGUACCAAACUGGACUUCCAGGGAAACAGGAGCGUUCAGCCAGGACGCAGACACCAAGCUCAUCACACUGCGUACUCUCCACUGCCUGCACUUGAGAACAAGCGCGAUAUAGUUAAGUUGUGGAAGAAUGAAUUUAAGCAAUUCCCCACCUUUAAGUGCUAUAAUCAGAUGCGGGACAAGUAUCGCUUCUUUAGCGUCCUUGAUUCAGCUCAAGAUACACAACAGGUGGGUGAAUCCUUUGUGGUUACUCGAAGCACACGCCGCUCGCUCGGGCAGCAGAAAAAUUUCGACGCCAUGAGCUCCGAAGAAGUCAAGCCACCGGCCCUAGCACCGAAUGGUGAACUGCUCUUCACUGAGAAAUACAAACCACUAAUGUUCGAGCAGGUUCUGGUGAAUCUUACGCCCGUGCAGCAGCUACGCGACUUUCUCGCCCAAUGGAAUGGCGCCGGACAACGCAAUUUGCAGAUAGCUGACGAUGUGUCCUUUGAUUUUGGAAAUGACUCCAGCUCCGUUGGACCCACAAGCAAUGCUAUGGUGAUCUUGGGUCCCUGUUCUAGCGGAAAAACAAACGCCGUCUUCGCCCUGGCAAAUGAUAUGAACUUCAAUGUGCUGGAAAUCAAUGCCGGAAUGCGGCGCACCGGCAAGAAACUGAUACAGGAGCUGCAGGAGGCCACCCAAUCGCAUCAGAUACGCAAGGAUAUUAAGUCAGCCAGCAGCUCAACAGCUAAGAUGCAAAUGUCGCUAAACGGGCUUCGUAACAAACGCCAGAAAAGCGACGCGGGAGACAGCUCUUCGAACAAUGAGCUGAGCCAGAGCGUCCGCAAGUCGCUGAUACUCAUAGAGGACGCUGAUAUUCUGUUUGAGAACACGGAUGCAGGCUUCACAGACGCUAUUUACACUCUAGCGGCAAGCUCCAAGCGCCCAGUCAUUGUUGUGGCCUCAGAUCCCAAUUGUGCGCAUUUGCAGCGUCUCAUGCAGCAGAACACUGUUGAGUUCCAUGCGCCCAACGUGAUAAAUAUAUCAAAAUAUCUCGCAGUUCUCGCGCUCAUGGAGAACUGCCCGACGCAAUUGGAUGAGCUGAUCUCUCUGUAUUUGUACAAUGGCAAGAAUUUGCGCAAAACCCUAAUGGAGUUGCAGUUCUACAUUCAAAGCGGCGGCGAUCGACGCCAACAUAUUACGUCCAAAUGCUCAUCCCAGUCACCGCCAAAGGUGAUGCGUUUGUCGGCAACUGAAGGCCUUUAUUUGCACGAGCAUAUCUUUGAGUUCUACACGUGUGCCCAGAAUGCAGAGCACCGUAUUCCCUUCCCGGUGGACUUUCAAUUGCUGCGCCUCAACCUUAACGAUCUGUUGCAUGUCUCGCCCCGUUUGCAGGCCCAAUGCCCGACAUCCGGGAACAAAUCUGGGCCAAUAGUCAAGCGGAAGUCUCGCUCGCCAAAGAAGGCGUGGCUGAGCAGUGCAACCCAUAUGAUCGAGCCUUACACUGCGCCGAUAAGCACGUUGUCGAAGUUUUAUAAAAUCUUAUCGGCGGCUACGCUUGUGGAUGCACGUCUGGAUCGCAGGGAUCGUCUCCAACCACAUCUCACCGAGGAAAUAGCCCACACCCUUGUCGAGUUGUCGCUAAAAAAUAACUUGGGAGUGGAGGGGGGCUAUUACAAUUUGUUCGAUAAGCCCGAGAAAAGACACAAGCUUUGCUCCCACCUCGGGAAUUUUCAAUUACGGACAACGAGCGCGCGUAAUCUUGACUAUGAGCCUGCCUUGCGCGCGAUUUGUCGCAGCGAGAAACAACGCGCUGCAACGGAACGCCGGUCCAGUCGUUUCUACCAUUAUCUGCGCAAUCAUACGACCAACAUGUGCAACUUUUCAACCGAGCCCUUCGAUGAAGCUUGUGGUGUGUUCGAGGAGGAUGCACAAGAGCAGACGAAUCCAACGGCGUCGGAGACGGAAUCGUCGUAGACUGGACAUAGUUAAAUUUAUAGUGUUUAAUUUUUUCGAUUUCUAAAGUGGCACCAGCGUUAUGCAACAGACAAAUCAUAUAGAGUUACAUAUAUACAUAUAUAUUUUUACAGUUUAUUAACAUGCAAAAGCAUGUGUACGUUAGAGAAAAGUUGAUCUUAAUGCUACCAUAUUUAUAAGUAUAUUCAUAAUUGUAAAGGUGUUUUAAGACACAAACGUGCAUUAGAUGAGUUAAUUACUACAAAGCUACAGUUUACGUUUUGUUUAUGCAAAUAAAUGAUGCCCAUAAAAAGUGAGAA